AUGGGCCGCGUCACCACCGUCGUGGGCUCGGUGGCCUCUGUCACCGGGGUGCAGGGCCGGGGCGCCAAACUGGACCGCCGCAAGAUGUGCCGCAAGGCUGCCUUUCCCUUCGCAGCGGGCAUCUUGUCUGGCAUUCUCUGCAGUACCCUGAAAUUCAUGCAGACUUAUGUCGAUGACGACAACUGGAUCGAGGAGAACCUGGUGUUUGAUAGCACCGCCUAUGGCAGCUUCGGUACUUGCAUGAGCUUCAUGAUCGUCUUCCGCACUGCUCAGUCGUACAGCCGGUACUGGGAGGGCAUCGUGGCGGUCUAUGAGAUCAUGGGAUACUUGUUCAACGCCGCCAGCAACUGCUUGGCCUUCGCCAGAAUCACCAAGGCUGAGGAGAUGCAAGUCACCAACUUCAAGCGCCUCGUCGUGCGCCUCUUCAGCCUUCUCUUCUGCCUGGUACUGCGGGAGCUGGAAGGCAGCGAGGUGUCGUCGGAGUCGGCCCUCAAGUUCCCAGUGCUGGAUCCUCGGGGCAUCGAUCAGAAGACCCGCGCGCACUUGCUGAACUUCAAGUCCCACAGCCGACCCGAGCAGGUGUACCAGGCCAUCAGCAAGGUGAUUUUGGAUGCGCAGUCCUCGGGGGUCAUCAACACGCCUCCGCCAAUCGUGGGCCGCAUCUACCAAGAGAUGGGUCUGGGCAUGCGAACCUUCCAGUGCGCCAUGAAGCUGGCGGUCGUGGACUUUCCGGCGCCUUACCUGCUGGCUCUGAAGAUGAUGCUAGUGGUCCACAUGCUGCUGACCCCAGUGGCUGUCAUUUCGUGGGCGACGACGGUCGCCUUCAGCGGUUUCUUCUGCUUUGUGCUGGUCUUUACGAUGUUUGGGCUGAUGCAGCUAGCGGCGGAGCUGGAUAAUCCCUUCUUGGACAACGGCUUCGGCUUUGACAAGAUGAUCUUGCAGCAAAAGCUGAACAAGGCUUUGGUGACCAUUCUUCUGGAAGAGGGCCGGCCAGUGGCAAGCCUUUCGCAGACCGCGGCGAUUUUGGGGAGCGACGACCUCGAGGAGAUGCAGAGAGUCUUGGCCUCGCAGGGCGUCCCUCAUUGA